CAUUGCAAGUUGCAACUGCAAGCUUCACACAUUCGGAGCUCAAACCGACAAAAAAAAAUGGAAAUAACACGAAAUACAUACGUAAAUACCAUGUACAAAGUUGCAAGUACAAGAUUAAUUUCUUUCUUUUCUUAUUAAACACAGCUUCCCAGAUCUGUUGGUACUUGUAACAUGCUUACAAUCUUCAUUAAUUUCACCAAACACAAAGCUUUUAUCAAGUUCUUGUAGCUCAUUUUCUCGAGGAGGGAUCAAUUGCGAAAAAUAAUUAUGGAGAGCGAAGUGCAACGGUCAGUUUCAUUACGGGCAAACCGGAAAGGAGGAAACUACCGUAGCAAUAAUAAUCAUACCCCAUCAUCAAAUUCUAAGGAUGUUGAAGGUGGUGGUGGAGGUCUUUUUAGUUCUGGAAAGUUGCCGAGUGAUUAUGCGAUGAAAAUAAUUUGGAAGAAAGGAUUUAUUCGCUUGGUUCUUGUUGCCGGCAUUCUUUGGAUGUUACUCAUUCUUAUUGUGUUACUGUUUCAUGUUUGGUCUUGUCAAUCUUCUUAUCUAUUCUUUUCAGCAAUAUGUAACAAAGAAAGCAAGGUAUAUACCAUUUUAAACACUUGGGGAUUUGUGCCACAGCAACAUCGUUGUCCGAUCCCUGUCGUCAGUAACCCUGACAGAAUAGUUAUUCCCGAGGGAAGAACCCAUGACCAAAUUAUUAAAAAUCUUUCAUAUGUUAUGGAGGAUAAGCCCGUGAAAGACGGAUCUCAGUCAUCCCCAUUAUUUGGAGGACAUCAAAGCUGGAAACAAAGAGAGAGGAGUUUUAAACUAAGUUCUUCCAUGAAGGUGCAUUGUGGAUUUAUGCAUAAUGGUGGUGCAGACAUGGAUCCUGUAGAUAUUAAAUAUGUUGAGAAAUGUAGGUUCGUGGUUGCUUCUGGAAUUUUUGAUGGAUAUGAUGUACCUCAUCAGCCUUCAAAUAUAAGCGACCGUUCUAAGGAACUCUUUUGUUUUCUUAUGGUGGUGGAUGAGAUCUCUCUCGAAUUCAUAAAGGAAAAUGUUACUGUCUGGGAGGACCAUAACAGGGGACAAUGGGUUGGUAUCUGGCGUCUUAUUCUACUGAAGCAUUCACCUUAUGAUGAGCCCAGAAGGAAUGGGAAAGUUCCCAAGAUUUUAACCCAUAGGCUAUUUCCUCAAGCACAGUACAGCAUCUGGAUUGAUGGUAAAAUGGAGCUGAUAGUUGAUCCGUUACAAAUUCUAGAAAGAUACUUAUGGCAUGGGAAGAAUACAUUUGCCAUUGCUCAGCACAAACAUCAUCGAAGCAUAUAUGAGGAGGCUGAUGCAAAUAAGCGAAGGAAACGGUAUGCCCGACCCCUCAUUGAUCUCCACAUGAAAAUAUAUUAUUACGAGGGGAUGGAGCCAUGGAGUCCAAAGAAAAGUACUGUCAGUGAUGUGCCAGAGGGAGCUAUUAUCAUACGGGAACAUACAGCUAUGAGUAACCUGUUUAGCUGCUUGUGGUUUAACGAGGUCAACCUCUUCACACCAAGAGACCAAUUGAGUUUUGGCUAUGUUGUGUACAGAUUAGGAGGUGCAUUCAAGUUCUUCAUGUUUCCAAAUUGUGAAUACAACUCACUGUUUGUGUUGCAUCCGCACACCCGAGAGCAUUCAUCAAAGGUAGAGUGGGUAAAAAGUUUGAGUGAAUUUAAGGGUAACGGUAGCAGUAUGAAGGAGAGCAGAGGUGGAUUAGGCUUGUGGACUCCUUAUCCUGCAGAUCUCAAAUCAGUUGUACUGCCUAAAGUAGUAAGAACAUCAAAAGCAGGCUGAGGUUCAUACAUUUCGCCAUUUUUAACAUUACUGAUGUCUUUUUAUUAA